GACUUCCCGCAACACUACAUUCAUUAACACCAUAACAUUGUACAAACACAAUUCUCCUUCCGAGCAGUACGAAUCUCCCCAUAUUCUUACUCGUCCUAUUAUUCGCUACCAUGGUCAAGAAGCUUAAGAAAACCAAUAACACUUCCACAAUCUCUCCGCUCGAUACCCCGCCAUCUACAUUCGCAGAUGCCCUUGUACUCCCGAAACUCAUCGUUUUCGACCUUGAUUAUACGUUGUGGCCCUUCUGGGUAGAUACACAUGUCACACCUCCGAUAAAAGCAAACUCAGAACAUUCUGCGACUACCGAUCGUUGGGGAGAGAGUUUUGCCUUCUACAAUGAAGUACCCUCGAUUCUCACACAACUCAAAAAUCAUGGCAUAAUGGUUGGAGCGGCAUCUCGCACAUCUGCUCCAGAUUUAGGGAGAGAGAUGUUGAGAUUGCUACACGUUAUGGAUAUAGAUGGGAAGAAGAGGAAGGCGAUUGAAUUCUUUGAUCAGCUUGAGAUCUAUCCAGGAAGCAAGAUUACGCAUUUUACCAAACUACAGAAGAGCACGGGUAUAGCAUACAAAGAUAUGUUAUUCUUCGACGAUGAGGCAAGGAAUAGAAAUGUCGAAUCCUUGGGAGUCAAGAUGUGUUUAGUGAAAGAUGGUGUUAACAAGGCUGAGAUAAACCGAGGGAUCAAAGAAUGGAGGCAAAUGCAUGGCCAUGAAACGUCUGGUUCAGAGGAUAAGGCUGGCAGCGCAUCCAAUACAUAUAACGAGGAGAUGGAUGGUGAAGAAUAGAUAGAAAGAUCAGAUUUGCUUAUGGAUUUGUUGGAUUGGGUAUUGCUUCGGAGUUUGGUACAUAAGAGCCAUGGCAUAGAUACUUUAAGAAGUAGAAAUGGAGGGGCAGAUAGGGUAAAUGCUUG